AGAUAUUCAGGUUUUGUAUAACUAUAUCUAGACAAUGGUUGCAUCAGACGAUUUUUUCCUUAGUUUAGCUAAAGGACUUAUAGCAUGGAGUGCAUUUCUGUUCGCAUCUUUACUAUUUACAGAAGCAAAGUACGGACGAUAUGCCGAGAAUAGUUUUUACGUCAUGAACGGCAAAUUAGGAUGGUUUAUUCAAGAGCUCCCAGCUUUAAUAGUACCUAUUUUGCUUUUAUGCUUUACAGAGUGUCAUGGAAUAUUAUACAAUUGUAAUAGAGCUUUGUUGACUUUGUACAUCAUACAUUACGUACAUAGAAUUUUCAUAUAUCCGUUUUAUUUGAAAGGAAAGCCACUUCCACUUUACAUGGUAGUUUUAGCAUUUAUGUUUUGUUUGUUUAAUGGCUAUCUGCAAAGUGGGUACUUACUAUACAGUGCUGAGUAUAGAGACGAAUGGAUCACUUGUCCGCAGCUCAUCAUAGGUUUAGUCAUGUUUAUAUCGGGACUUGGAAUAAACAUCCAUUCUGAUCAUAUUUUGAGAAAUCUCAGAAAACCUGGAGAGACUGGAUACAAAAUACCAAAAGGAGGAAUGUUUGACUACAUUUCUGGUGCUAAUUUUUUCGGAGAAAUUUUAGAAUGGUGGGGAUUUGCCGUCGCUUGUAACUCAUUACCAGCUUUAGCAUUUGCUAUAUCAACCUCCUGUAAUCUCGGGCCUAGAGCUGUUCACCAUCACAGAUGGUAUAAAAAGAAAUUUGAAGAAUAUCCACGAUGCAGAAAAGCAAUCAUCCCAUUUUUAUUUUGAUACGUUUGAUAAUCAGUGUGCAACGUAUACUUGGUGAACACCUUAUUACAAUCAAAAGCUUAAUGACAGCUUGUGCUCAUUUUUGUCUUGUAACAGAUUGUUUCGUAAGUUGUGAAUUUCCCCCUAAAGAAGUAUUUAUAAUCUUCUAUAAAUAGCCGAAACUCCUGAAAUAUUGUAAACACACAUGUGAUUAUUUAACGUUCUAUCCAGUCGCUCACUGUUACGUACAUUUUGUACACGAAAGCAUACUUAUGCUCCGUGUUGAAGGUCGUACCUUGACCUAUAAUGGUUUACUUUUAUAAAUUGUUACUUGGAUGGAGAGUUGUCUCAUUGGCACUCAUACCACAUCUUUGAAAACAUCGUGCUUUUUUCUCAGCCUAGAUUAUAAAUAUUCAUACUUAGUAAGAUAAUCCAAAAGCAAUAAUAAAAAAAAAUAACUAAAAGGGAGAUAUGUUCGAUUAAAUAUUAAUUAAAACGGAAAUUUUUAUCUCGGAAAGGGGAGGCGCGACCUUUUCAUGGUAAAAGCACAUAUAUGUCUCAGUCUGGUAAAAGGAAAAUACCCUAGAGAUAAAAUAUUUUUUUACAAUUAGUAUGUCUACACAUAGCUAUGAUGCAUGGUUACGCUAUUUCAUCAUAGGGGAUGCAUUGCUUGACAAAUAUAUAAAGCAUUUACGACAGUGAUUUUUUUAAAUUGCAUUUGAAAAAAAGUAUCGAGUAUACAUAAUUAAUUAGACAGCAACCCAAUUAAACAACAAACAAAACAAUUUACUUCUAAAAUUCAACCUACGGUCUUCUACAAUGGACAUGUCAUUACAAUAUUUUAAGUUUUUAAUCCUCGCAAGUCUAGCUAUGAUCUAUAGAAUAGUUGUGAAUACAUGUAAAAAAAAAAUAUCUUAAUAGCAAACAAUGAAUAUUACUUAAAACAAGGAGGAGGGUCAAGAACAAACUUCUAGUAGUCUUUAUAGGUAUUUAUUUUUAUGUGUAUUUAAUACGUCUGUCUGUUUUGUCAUGAUCGUAUAUUUUUGUAAUCUAUAUUUAGUAUAUAUAUUAAUUAUACAUGUACCUAUAUAUUGUAAAAAAUUUGGUUAAUAAUAGUUGUUUUGAGGUUUAUUGACCAUUUAUACUAUAUAUAUAUAUGCUAUAUGAGAGAAAGAGAAAUAAAAGAAAAUUAUAAAUUUCAAAUACGAAAAUAUUGUUGGCAUUUUAAAAGAACGGUCUCUCACAAAAGAUUAUGUCAAUCCAGUAUGUUAAGCUUUGAAGGAUUAGUACGAUAAGGACCUUAUUUGACACCCAACAUUGAACGGUAUACUGCUUCAUAACGUGUUUGGUAAAAUUUGCUGAUUUAUAUGCAAGGCUAUUCUGAAUGAAUUAAUCUACAAAGCGAGAGCACU